AUGCUGCUGCAUCGGCGAGCCGCGCUGCUCCUGUGGGUGAGGGCGCGGCGCACGGCUGUCUUGGUCGGCUCCUCCUCGCUCUCUGCAACUGCUGAGGCGGCAGCCGCGUUCUCUUCCGCAACCACACCACCGCAGCGUAGAAACGUCGGUUCUGCGUCCGGCGCGGUGGACAGUCACGUGGCUGCCGUUCCUGCCGCGGGCGGCCCUGCUUCUGCUGCUGCUGCUGCUGGUGCUGCCCCUCAGUACCAUUCGCACGACACGCCGCUGCAAGAACAUCCGCGGCAGGCUGCCUACAGCAAGGGGGGCUACCCCUUGAUUGGGCGCCUCCGCACCUCUGGCCAUGGCUUGACCUUGGGGCGUGUGCAGGCGGCCCUAACUGUCUACGUGCUCGCUGCCUCCGUCGGCCUGCUCUACGUCUUGUACUACUUGACCACCGACACGUACGUGCUGACAACGAAUGUGUCGCCGUACCGCCACUCCCUCUUCUUCCACUUUCCGUGCGAUAUGGCGAUCCUUGAGAACAGACUGACACACAAGCGGCACACCGUCGAGGUGGUGCCGGCUGCAGGGGCGCCGCACCCCCUCGUUGACGACAACCGCGAAGUAGACCAUGCCGGGUUUGCUCGUCCCAAGCCGGCAGUCGUGGAGCGCCGGCUGCACAUCAACGCGGUGCUGCACCGCGUGUUCCUCUACCUGCAAAAGACAGAGUCUCUCGUCACGGUGGACGCGCAGGCGGAGAUGGCGCCGUACCGCUUCAUGGAUGGCGCGAACAGCCUGGGCAAGGCCUCUCGCGCAUCGGUGGGGUUCCUCCGAAAGGACCAGCUCUUGCCCGACAUCAACGACCACCGCGCGAGCACAGCGUCAUCGCAGAGACGGUGGUGGCAGUGGUGGGGUAGAGGGGCAAGCACGGCAGCAGCGCCGUUACCGCUGUCUGCCUCCGGCUCCAGCGCGUACGCCGCAACUGCGACAGAAGUGCCAGCGACCCCGACGGCGCCUACGAAGAUCCUGCUCAGGAGUAGCGUGCGUCUGCGCGACUCCAUGAACGGAUAUCAGAAGGGUCACAUCAGCACCUACGAGCAGCUCAUCCACCACCUCGCGCAGGAGAACAUCAAGCAGCGCUACUACGCCUACGUGCUGGCGAGAGGCAUGGCAAAGAGCAGCGGCCUGCGCAAGGCUUACGCAGAGCAGCUGAUCCGCAACGGUCUUAUAUCAGGCGACGGAGUGAAGUUGACGGAGCUGGUGCCGGAUGUGCAGCGGUUUGCUGAUGAGGUGUUUGCGCAGGUGCGGGAAAGGUUCGGCGACGACGUCAUCGUUUACGAGUACACCGCCACAAUGUGGUAG